AUGCCCAAAUCUUCUCGCGUGCUCAUAUACCUCCUGCGACGAGAUCUCCGGCUGGCCGACAAUCCCAUAUUCCACGAGAUCGGAAAGUUAAACAGCCAGUCGCAGAAACCAUUCACUCAUCUACUGCCGGUCUAUGUCUUUCCAGCAGCGCAGGUCGAAGUAUCCGGCUUCCUCGCUUCGGACGACCAGCGAUCACCGUACAAGGAAGCACGGAGCGAAGUUGGCCAUUUCUUCCGAUGCGGGAGGCUACGCGCGAAGUUCCUCGCGGAGUCAGUAUGGGAUCUGAAAGAUGAUCUGUCAAAGACUGGCAGCGGGCUGGAGAUUCGAGUGGGAACGAUGCAGGAUGUCGUCAAAUCAUUGCUGGAUGGCUUCAAGCAGCAGGACGACGUUGAAGUCCAUGGCCUAUGGAUGACGAGUGAGGAAGGCUGGGAGGAGAAGAUCGAGGAGAAGGAGGUGAAAGACCUCGUCCGGGAUGAUGGCAAAGAGUUCAAACUCUGGACCGAUGAAAAGUACUUCGUCGAUGAUCGCGACCUCCCGUUCCAGGACCCAGCAGACCUCUCAGACGUGUUCACGCAGUUCAGGAAGACAGUUGAGCCAUUGCGUGAAGCACCACGAAAACAGCUCCCGAAGCCAGACUGUCUUCCUCCUCUCCCUGAUCACAUCCCGCCGCAACAUGGCCCCUUCAGCAUUCCCAACAGCCUAGACGCCACAAUUUCCGCUCUCCACAAACCACUACCCGCCGACGGCGGAUUCUCCGACAUGCCGAGCAUGCCCAAAGACGUCCAAUCAGCCCACCCUUUCAAUGGCGGCUCUUCCGCAGGUAUUCAACGAGUCAAACACCUGCUCGAAUCCGGCGCCAUGACAACUUACAAAGAUACUCGCAACGGCCUCCUCGGCCUCGACUUCAGCACCAAACUCGCCGCCUGGCUCUCCCUAGGCGUCAUCACCUCCCGCCAAGUCCACUGGAUGAUGCUCGACUUCGAAGACGGCAAAACCGAUCUUGGAAAGGACGCCCCGGGCUACGGGAAAGGCGAGAGCAAAGGCACAGCAGGCGUGCGGUUUGAGCUGCUGUGGCGCGAUUACAUGCGUCUCUGCACGCGGAAAUUCGGUACGAGGUUGUUCUAUCUUGACGGGUACAGGCAUAUGGAUGAUGCGUGGGAGAAGUUCACCAGUAGUCCGUUCUCCAACUCAACGAACAAGAAGAACAAGAACGGCACGAAUGACUUCGACACCAAAGCAGCCAUCGAGCGAUUCGUACGUGGCAAAACCGGUACAGGUCUGAUAGACGCCUCACAGCGCGAGCUCUUCCUCACGGGCUGGACGUCCAACCGCGCGCGGCAGAACGUGGCGUCCUAUCUCGCAAAGCAUCUCGGCAUCGACUGGCGGAUCGGCGCAGAAUGGUACGAAGCCAAUCUUGUGGAUUACGACGUCUCGAGCAACUGGGGCAACUGGCAGUACGUCUCUGGAGUGGGCAAUGACCCGCGCGGUGACGCUCGAGUGUUCAAUCCGGUGAAGCAGGCGCUGGACUAUGAUCCCGAAGGCGAGUAUAUUCGCGCUUGGGUGCCGGAGCUGCGGGAUGUAGGUCGGGGUGCUAAUGGGGAGAAGGGGAACAGGGAGGAUGUGAUGGGCGUGUUCCAGGCGUGGCGGAUGCCGGAUGAGGAGAAGAAGCGGCUUGGGCUCACCGGCGUGGAGUGGGUGGAGAAGCCGUUGGUUCGGAUCAACUUCUGGAUGAAUCGAAGAGGUGGUGGUGCACCGCGAGGUCGAGGUGGUGGAGGUAAAGGGCGGGGCCGUGGUGGUGGUCGCGGAGGACGCGGCGGUAAAGAGGGCAGAACUGGGAAUAUGGAGAAAGCUGGCAUGAUGUAG